AUGUCAAGUUCAGGGCAACUGACAAAUGAAAGCGAAUAUGAAUUUAACAACCUUACGCCAAUUGAAGUAUUCAAAUACCCUAGUCAAGCUUCAAAAAUUAUUUGGGAGGUCAAUUCCAAUAAUAUUUUAGAAUCAUCAUCGCAAAUUAUAGAUUUAAUUAAAUCAAACAAAAUAAAGAUCCAUACGGCAAUUUAUUUGAUUGAUAAUUUUUCAGAAAUUCGAGAUAAAGAUAUUAAAUUAUUUGCAGAACUUUAUCUAAAGUUAUCAAACGAAUUUUCAUAUAUUACCAAACCGGAAAACAAGAAAUUAGCUGCGUUGUUACAUUAUAAAGGCUUCAAAUUUGAAAAAUUCGUACCUAAAAUGAAAGAAGAAGAAAUUCUCAAUAUAUAUUCAACAGAGUCUCCAUUAUACUAUAUUGCAUGGGAUAAAGUUGAUGAUCUUAAAAAUAAAUUCCCAAAGCUUGAUGAUGAUCUGAAAAUAGAUAAUGAAAUCACUCCACUUGAUUGUUCAAUUAAAUACGGUUCAGAAUUAUGCUUCAGCUACCUGAAAAAUUUAGGAGCGGUUUAUACUGAUGAUUCCCAAAAAUAUGCUGUUCAAGGAGGGAAUCGAAAUAUUUUUAUGCAAAUGAUAGAAGAUGGGGAAUCAUUUGAUAGAGUGACUAAUAUAGCGUUGGAUUACCAUAAUUUUGAAAUUGCAGAUUACCUUAAGUCAAAUUUUAGACAAACUUUUGGUUCAAUAGCAGAAAGCAUGCGUUUCGGAAAUUAUGAUGUUGCAUCAUAUUUACUUUCUAAUAGAGAAGAUAUCAACAAAAUUAAUGAUCUAUUUCUUUUCAUAUUUAUCAUUGCUUUAUGA